ACGACGCAGAGCAUGCACAUGGAAAUGUCUCCUACCGGCGUGCUAGAACUGACAAAUGUGUAUAAGAAUUCCAGUUUGGAUAUUCUACAUAUUCGACCCGGUUUGGAGCGCGUUCAGAAGCUGAGCCAGGUGGCACGGUUAUGUCAAGUUUAUGGCAACAAGACUCAUCAAAGAACGGAAACCUCAGUGGCGUGAAAAUGAACAGUGAAGGCACUGGUAUAAGUGGUCCAACACCAGCGUUGGUGGGGUAUUUGGGAAAAUCUGAAGAAAAAAAUGGCUCGCCUGGGAACUGUCCGUGGUGCUUGGCAAAAGGUCAGACAAAUGCUCUGCGGUCCUAUGCUGUCAACUUGGAGGACACCGUUAUUCUCUGUACAAAUCCAGUGUGCCUUUACCCAUUGGUAAAUAUAUCUCUGGAAGAUGUGCGUGCUAGUUUGCCUACACUAGAAGAUCUGGAUGGAUGCAAAAGGAAAGCUUCUUCGCUGUCUGAGGUUGAGGACUUAUCCUCCCCUUCAAAGCGAUCGAGAGAGGAGAAUCUGGAAAUUUUCUCUACAGUAUUUGAGCCUUGUGAUGUGGAUCUUAAUGAAUGCACCCCUCCAAAUGACACUGUCAAAAAUGAAACCUUUACGAAUGACCAGUCAAUACUUGAAAAGAACACUGUCUCUAUGAAUGGCACUGAGGAACAGUAUCCUGAAAUGCAACCCAAUAGCACUGAUGAAGAUUUAGAUGUGUGUGGCAAGAAGGACGAUUCUGUAUCUAGCACUCAAAAUGAGUUCGAGGAGACAUUCGGAAUGGAUAUUGAUAUGGAAUCUUCAGCAGAGCUGGUUACUGUGCAACCACAUCUCUUCUGGAAAAACGAGGACAACCUGUGUUGGUUGGAUUCGUUAUUGGUGAUGCUUGUGAACUGCAAGACUAUCAGAGAAACUCCAUGUCAGAAUGUAAGGCUGACGGACAAGUUGAUGUCAGUGCCUUGCAGCAGCUCUGCUGUCUGGAACCUUUGCUCAAUGUACGAUAAGACAUUUGCCGAUCUGCAAGCCAUGCAAGAGCAGGGUGAUGACAAGAUAACCAGAGUUCCUGCUGAUGUCCUGGAGGAGGCAGAGAGACGGCUCACUGCUCUCCGUCUUUCACUCUUCAAACUUCUUCAGCCCACGCUCAAGUGUGAAAUUGGUCAGCAGGAAACACCUGUUUUUGCGCUGCCACUUCUUCUCCGGUUGGAUAAAUGGGCUCUGGAUCUUUUUCAGCAUACCAUACGCUGGGAAUUUAAGUGCACAGCCUGUAGUUAUACUCUCAAUGACAGUGUUGAGAAGACUAUUACAACCUUCACUCAGAUUCUGUCUGACUGGCACCCGCUAAAAGCAAUCCACCGCACUCAAUGCAGUAACUGCAACCGCAAAAAACAGAGGAGGAAAAUGGUGCCUGAGAGGUUGUCCUCUGUAUUUGCUCUGCACUUUGUGGAGGGCUUGCCAAGGAAAGACCUCUCUAGAUACUCCUUUGAGUUCCAGGGUUCUCACUACAAUGUUAGCACUAUAAUCCAGUACAAUAAGCAUCUCCAGCAUUUUGUCACCUGGGUUCGUCAGAGUAAUGGAUCAUGGUUGGAACUUGAUGAUUUGAAAUACCCUUACAGCAUCACCCACAAAAGAUUGACACUGCCUGCCAAUGAAAUGCACAUUGUUUUCUGGGAGGUAGACUCCAGCAAAGAAAAAGCUUUGGAGAUCUGCCCACUGACAGCUCCCCCGGCAGUCACGAAUGUUGACAAUAAUAAACAUGACCAUAAACUGUCAGAUUCUACAGCCGAUGACACAUCUGUCUUCAGUACAGUCACUGUAGGGGAGGACAAGGAUUUAACUGCUGCCAGUACCCUGGAUGCAUCUAUUCAUAGUAGCACAUUAAUGGACACCUUUGAGGGACUUUCACACACAGACAUUGUGACCCUCACUGUGGUUGAGGAGAAUUCAACCACUAAUAGAACAAAUCUUCAGAUUCUCCAGACUCCAGCCAUUGUGCCAGUUGUCCUCCCCAGUCAUCCAAAAGCAUCUGGUUUGUCUCAUAACUCUGAGUCUGUUUGUCAACCCUCAAGUCCUCCUAAACACCAGAUAUGCAGCUCUGGUUCUAGGGAAGGAUCUACUUCAGUUGCCCCAAAAAUAACCCUACCCUCAGUGGUGAGGUCAUCAGUACAUACAGAAAAGCCUGUCCCUUCACCUCUUGCGUCAGGUGAUAGUACUUCCGCUGGUGCACUAAACUGCUCAGCCUUACUUCAACACUAUGCUUCCUUACUUCCGCCCACACAAGUAACGCCGCCUCCUUCUGCCCCCAAACCAAAACCCAUUCUAAAAUGUGAAGGCAAUGAAGCUCUUCCAGCAAAGCCAGCUGAUUUGUUUGGUGGUUUCAUAACCAAGAAAAUGCCUAAUCUGCCAAAGCCUGUUGGAGUUGUGAAGAACCCUUCAAUAGAACCUCAGCAGAAACCAAGCAACAUUCCUGUAGCCAUGUGUCCUCCUGGGAAAGUGUCUGAGAUCUUCAAAUCAGCUGGUAAGAAAACCCAGAGCUUUUCAGCUUCCAAUCAGCCACUUAGCACUACUGAAGCCCUCAGGCUAAAGCUAAUGAAGAAGCUUAAGGCCAAGAAAAAGAAACUUGCCAAACUAAACGAAAUACUGGGAAACGGAGUAGAAGCUACACCCAAACCAGACAGCACAGCCCUUUCGUCGCCCUACUCUGUCACUUCUAGUACCUCUGCGUUCGACAGCCCAGCGUAUGACCAGUUCUUCGCUGAGCUUUUGUCUCCGGCAACUACCGUUAGCAACCUCUCGCCUGAUAGCUCAGGUCUCCUGGAGAUGUUGAACACCAGCCAGAAUGGGGAGACAGUAAAUGGCAGAGCACUUGAAAAUUCUUCUGCUGCAUCUGUGGAACCAACUUUCCAGAACUACCCCUCCUCUACUAAUGAUUCAUCAAUGGCUCUUGAGGAAUAUUUAGAAGCAGGGAUGGGGCAAACUGCAGUCGCGAACACUGAUUUUAACAGUUUAGAUAUAUUUUUCUGAUUAUGGUAAAAGUUUUAGGCAGGAAAAACACCAGACCAAACUCAUGUUGCUUACAAAGCUCACACUUUAUAUUUUUGUAUUUAGAGGAAUUUUGUUAGGAAAACCUGUGGUACAAUGUCAGUUAUUGCAUAGUUCAUAUUUUGUCUUAUUCACUUUAAGGCAAAAAAAAACAUUAAAUGGGGCAGUCUAGACAAAAUGUUUGAAGAUCAUAUUGUUUAUGUACUUGAUGUAAAAUGUUGUACAGAUUUGUACAUUUGUCAGUUUAAUAAUUUUUUUUAUGCUAUCAAGUGUAUUUAAGAAGUUUAUAUUAAAUUCUCUCCAACCUGAA